AUGGACAUGGAGCUCAAAAUUUUGGCUGCUGAAAAAGUUGAGAAGCAUAGGAGGUUGAUUAUAAGGCCUAGAAUUAAGGUGUGGAUGACUAGGGCCAUUACAACUGUGGUACUUUGGACAAGUGUUGUUCAGCUUAUUGCACUUGGAGAAUUGUUGGGUCCAAGUUUGUUAAAGGGCAUGCAUUAUUGUUUUAGUCCCUCAGUUGCAUCUCCAGAUGUAGAAAAGUUUUUGGUUCCAGCCAAGGUUGUGCUCCCACCCAAAAGGAUUUAUAAGAAUAAUGGUUAUCUUAUGGUUUCAUGCAAUGGAGGACUCAACCAGAUGCGAGCAGCAAUAUGUGACAUGGUUGCUAUUGCCAGACACAUAAAUGUCACUCUCAUAGUUCCAGAGCUGGACAAAACCUCUUUCUGGGCUGAUUCAAGUGACUUUCAAGAUAUAUUUGACGUGGAUCAUUUCAUUACAUCCUUGAGAGAUGAGGUUCGAAUAUUAAAGCAACUACCACCUAGGGUCAAGAGAAGAGUUGAACAAGGACUAUCCUACUCAUUGUCCCCCAUUAGUUGGUCUAAUAUCUCAUACUAUGAAAAUCAGAUUCUUCCUCUGAUGCUGAAACACAAGGUCAUACAAGUAAAUAGAACCGAUGCUCGACUUGCAAAUAAUGGACUACCUACUGAGAUUCAAAAGCUAAGAUGCCGAGUUAAUUUUAAUGCUCUGAGGUUUACUUCCCAGAUAGAAGAACUUGGUAGAAGGAUAGUAAAGAUUUUGAGGGAAAGGGGUCCUUUCCUUGUGCUUCAUCUUAGAUAUGAGAUGGACAUGUUGGCCUUCUCUGGCUGUGUUCAUGGUUGUGACAGCAGAGAGGAGGAGGAACUCACAAGAAUGAGAUAUGCUUAUCCUUGGUGGAAGGAAAAAGUCAUUAAUUCUGAGCUUAAGAGGAAAGAAGGUUUAUGCCCUUUGACACCUGAGGAAACUGCUCUAAUAUUGACAGCACUAGGCAUAGAUCACAAUGUUCAAAUCUAUAUUGCUGCUGGAGAAAUAUAUGGUGGAGAGAAAAGGAUGGCAAGUUUAGUUGGAGAGUUUCCUAACCUGGUAAGGAAGGAAACUCUGCUGGAACCUUCAGAUUUGAUGUAUUUCCAAAACCACUCAUCACAAAUGGCUGCAGUGGAUUAUCUUGUCUCCCUAGAGAGUGAUAUAUUUAUCCCAACAUAUGAUGGGAACAUGGCUAAAGUUGUGGAAGGCCAUCGCAGAUUUCUAGGAUUCAAAAAAACUAUACUGCUGGAUACAAGGAUUCUGGUACAGCUAAUAGAUCAAUACUCCAAUGGGUUGUUGAGCUGGGAUGAGUUUUCCACAGCUGUGAAGGAAGCUCAUACCUAUAGAAUGGGUAGCCCCAAAAGAAGACUUGUCAUUCCAUACAAACCCAAAGAAGAAGACUAUUUUUAUGCCAAUCCUCAGGAAUGUUUGCAAUUGCUAGAUGAACCAUUGAAAAACACAGUCUUGACUAAAUACAUGGUUCUGAUUUAA